CACUGGUCGGGUUGUUAUGGUUUCCCAAGCGAAGUUCAUGCAUAAGCCAUCUGAGACAAAUGACUGCUGGUUCCCAUAUUCGAUAUGCAGAUGGGCGCGUACCUAACCACUGAGGGUCUGUGAUUCAGUUGUCUUAUAGGCCUUCCUUCCGGGAAAUAAAUAGGAAAAUCCCAUCCAAAUGAAAUAAAUAUUCUCAUUUAUUUCUGAUACAUUCCGUACAUUGGAAGGAAUACCCGGCAUUUCUCCCGAGACUGCUUUUAUAGGCCACUGUUUGUCUUCUGUCAGUCUCGCUGCGCUGCAGAGUGGCACUUCAGUCUUUUGAAGGGCAUUUUGAAUUAGCCAUGGCCUCUGCUUUGAGAAGAUUAGCUCUGCGAUGGGAUUCUAGAAUUCAGGAAAGGUUGUCGCCAGGCUGGAAGAGUAAAUGGAAUCAUCCUGCAGGUCCAAAAACAGUCCAUUUCUGGUCUCCUGUUGUUAAAUGGGGUCUAGUCAUUGCUGGGAUGUCAGAUUUCACAAGACCGGUUGAGGCUUUGAGUUUGAAUCAGUCCCUCUCUCUUGCUGUAACGGGUUCAAUCUGGGCUCGGUAUUGUUUGGUCAUUAUUCCUAAAAAUUAUUUUCUUUGUUCCUGCAAUGUUUUUCUUGGAGCUACCGGAAUAACCCAGGUUGCCAGAAUCAUGAUACACAGGUCAAAGCAAAAAGAUGGAGAAUUGGAAGCUGACGAAACUUAAUAAUAUGUUCACAAUGGCAAAUAGCACUGUGAAAUAAAAGUGGAAAUGAUUUUUGGAUUAUUUGUUAUUUAUAUUAGUGAAGCAUCCUAAAUUUAUAAUUUUUCAGUUUAAUCAAGCCAUGAUGUGCCUUGAUUUAUUGAUAUUUGUUGUUGACCGAUAUAUUGUAUAAUUGUAUGUGAUAAUUGACUUUCCUAUUCAUUUAUCAAUGUUUUCAAUUUAUUAUUUCAUAUACUGUUUAAUUAGUGUUGGUUGGAAUAAUCAAACACAACUUCAUGAAAUUGUGAUUGUAUUUUCUUUUUAGACUUUUUCAUGUCUUGUACCAAUAACAUUUGUUUUCUCAAGGUACAAAUGAUCGCAUAGUUUUUGUCAUCUUAGUAGUCGCAUUUCUCAGUUUCAAGUGCCUGUGAUAUAGCUUUAAACAAACUUAAGCAUAGUUUUCAAAUCUUGUUUCUUGUGAAAUUAUUUUUAUUUAUGAAGCUUUUUAACCUGUUAAAUUGUAUAAAUUGUUAUACUUUUUCAUUAAAUGGUUUUUGGUGAUUAUGUUUUUUAAUCUUUCUGUUCCAAUAUUUUAUAAUUAGAGGAUGCAAUUUCAUGGUUGAUAUACUGAUAUUUAAUUUCUUUUUAAUUUCUUUUUGUUACUGAUUUAUAUUUUAAAUAAUGGUUCAAGAUGAAUACUAAUAAACUGAUGGUUUCAAUUCAAUUUGAGUAAUUAAAUUUCAUAUGGAUCGUAGAAAUAACUAUUUUUAUUAUUAUUACAACUACAUUUCAGUGAGCUGGAAUAGAUAUAUUUUUUGUGUAAAACUGCCAAAUUAGAAAGCAAAAUAUUUAUUUAUAUUGAUUUAUAAAUGACAUUUGACAUGUAUUGCAAAUUUUUGACUGUUUCGUGAAAUGUGAAUAUUUACCUGAUAUGACUGUCAAUGAACAAAACUAUUAUCCUUUGUUAUUGUGUAUUAUACGGGAUGCUAUUUUCUGGGUUAAUUUGACUUAUCCAGUAUGAUGUAUUGUUUGUAUUGAACAUAAUUCAUUUGGGAUGUCCUGGUUAAGAUAAGUAAUUAACCUUUCAUCGACACUCAUAAUAUUUAUGCAAACUGCAAACAAACAUAAUAAUGCGGGUGUAUCAAGGUUACCUAGUGCAUCUAUUUCUUGCUUCCUGUGUGUAUUUCAUGACCUUAAAUUUUAUAUCAGGAGGCAUAUUAUCGACAGUGUGAAUAAUUUUGUAAUGAUUUUAUUUUGAAUUGCAG